CCACCACAGGGUAUAUUUGUCUCCAUGGAUCCGAUGGGCUCUGUGGCCGAAUCCGUAUCGAAAGUGUUCACUUGUCAGCUGAACGACAGUGGCAGUAAUCCGCCAAGUGAACUGACUUGGACACAACUGGAUUCCGCGGGAGCUUUACUACCCCUGGGGGAUGAAGUUCACGUGCAACCGACGGAACAACUGGUCGGCGACUUUGGUGCCCUGAUCGCUCGAUCCGUACUAACUGUAGUCGCACGUCGAGCGAUCAACGGAAGACGUUUCGAGUGUACCGCAGUCUAUCGGAAUAAGAAAACUAUGCUACGCGCCGAAGAGAUUUUGGAAGUGAAAUUUGCCCCAAACAAUGUCGGUCUGACGGCUCUACCCAUGGACGGAGUUCGUGAGUCGCAGAGGUUAGAUUUGACAUGUGCAACAAGUUCGUGUCAUCCACCAGCGGUAAUCCGUUGGUUUGAAGUGCCCAAUCACGGCUUAUUGGAAGAUGAAGAGGGCAGUUGGACAAUAGGUGCCGAUCCUUCAAAGCCGAACGAACUGAGCGAUCUGGCCCAAAUGGACACGUCCGGUAUAGGUGGAAUACCGCUCAUUAGUGUCAAUUUGUGGUCUCGUGGAGCAUUGAUGUCUACAGCCGCCCUGUAUCGGCCACGUUACACUAUAAUAUCUAAUCCCACCAUGGUACAACUGAUUAGUCACCCGACUGAGCCCCUGGUUGGUCAGACCGUGUUGCUCUCGUGUCAGACAUCCGGUGGGAAUCCACAGACCGGUUUUACCUACUCCUGGUUCGCGGCUGACCGAUUUCAACUGGCUGGUGUCCUGUCCGUGGCGGACACAAACCGGACAGAGGAUGGGUCUCAGGCAAAUUCAGCAAUGAAUCCAAUCGAUCAGUCGGGCAGUGGUGACAAGCAUUUGACAAAACAGAAAAAUGGAGCCCCAUCACUGAAAAGUAUGCUUCGUCUCACUUCCCAUCAAGAGCCGCAUUUGAAUCUGACAAAUGUCAAACUGACUCAGCGGGGCUGGUAUGCUUGUCAAGUGGCCAGUGCUGGUGGAGCGUCACAUUCGACCGGUAACGUCCGCGUGUAUCUGAAUGUUUAUGCUGGUCCCGAGGUUAUCAUCCGGGAAAACUCAAACGACUCACAUGACAAAAUUCCUUUGCCAGGGGUCGACCAACCACGGAUAGAUAGACGCACACGGUCACGUGUCCAAGCUCAUACGGGUGAAUCGGUGGCAUUCAGGCUAUUCAUCGAUGCCAAUCCACCAUGGGCUGAUGCUAUUUGGUUUCAGCUGAACAAUGAUGAGCAGUCCAUUCAUCCUUCACCGCCCACCUCGCUAUCAGAUUCACACGGAACAGACACUUUCUUUAUGGGCUAUCAUCCGUACUUGGGAUACGAUGAGUUUUACGACUAUGACAUGGGACGAAAGCGACGACGUCGAAUGACGAACAGUUUGAGUGGAAAAACCCGUGUCCAGGUUGGCGGUGGCAAGUCGGAUCGGUUGAACAUUGUCGCCCAGAAGGGUACCGGCGAGCAGGGAAAUUUAACGUUCAUACUGAACUUUUUGGAAGUGAAACCGGAGGAUUUUGGGGAAUACAUUUGUCAGUUACGGCACAAGUUGGGUGUACAGGAGUUCCCAUUUCAACUUGUCCGCAAAUCUGAAUCUGAUGGUAUUCUCCCAAGUUCCGUGGCUGUAGUUCAACGAGGCCCCAUAACCGUGGUUCGAUUUCGUCCACCGGGCAAUCCACGAUUUACCAGACUGGUCCUGCGCGUUUGCCGCCGUGGUGCAUAUCCUGCACCAACAGAACGUGGUGAAAAGCAGACAAUCGGUAGAGCAAUGAGCUCAAGCAUAUCCUCUUCCUAUCGCCUGUAUGAUCUUCGAAGACAUAAACGAUCCAAUGGAGAGGAAAUCGAUGUCCCGGAGAAUGAAACAAACUCGGAUGUAAAUUCUCCUCAUUCAACUCAGGUAUCUGAUAGCCCAAUUAAAACAGGAGAUAAUUCCGUAACUGGAGGAACCAAGGACUGUGAGGACUAUUUGGUCGCCAAACCCCAUUCGGGAGAAACGGAAGUGCAUUUAUCCGACGCGGUGCAACUCUAUAAUUUUCGAUUGAUUCUGUAUCAAGGAACACGUGUUGUACAGGAGACACCGCCGGUAGUUUGGCAACCGGGUAAGCGGAGAACGACAUGCCAUUUCAUAGGCGUGGACAACCCUAGAUUUUUCGGCAAAGAUUAUAGUAUUGAUGUAAUUGAGUGA